AUGAGUCAAGCAGACGGAGAGGACUGGUCAACGGGCCUCGAACGGACACCCAACUCAAACCAAGGGAGAAACCAGUUUAAUGAGACAGGAGGAUCACAUCAGGCGGCCCAGGGGCACCAGACAGCUGCGCUAGACCAUGCGGGUGAGGGAGGCGAGCCGGGUCGGGCAGACCACGACAUGGACCGGAUCCAAUCUAAGCUCGCAUUGUGGGACGCCGACGAACAAAAAGUCCACGCAGCAACAAAAUGGCCGACACCGGCGGAAUCCUUUCAGCCUUCGGAUCGUAUUUAUGUCAUGGGACUGGAUCUGGCUGGGCGAUAUAUUGCCCAUACGCUCGCGGGGUGCCACACUAUCCCUCCCGUUCGAUUCAUGCUACAUACGCGUAGUCUGUACCGAGAGUGGGCAAAUUCCCGUCGCCAAGUCACGAUGUACCGAGGCAACGAGCGCAUCGAUCGUGGGCGGGUUAUCCCGGAGUACUUAUCCCUGGAGCAGAUCGAGAACCAGAGUGGAAGCAUUAUCGAGAAUCUAGUGGUCACUUUACCGCCGGCACAUGUUGUGCGAGUCAUUGGGCAGAUCAAGCACCGACUUGAUCAUCGGUCGUCAAUAUGUUUGAUAAACCAGGCGCUAGGAGUCGAAGAGGCGCUCAUUGCAGCGCACUUUCCGGACGAGCUGCGGCGACCGGCAUUCAUCCAAGGCCACCUCACCACCAGCCUCACGCAUACGGAAGAUCGCUUCUCCAUCCAAGAGGUCCGGCAGGGGCGCCUUUUCCUCUCACUCUUUACGCCACAUAACCCGGAACCGGGCGAACGCUUUCGCGUAAAGCGGCAUCCCCCUCCAGAGCGGACGAUUAGACACACGCACCUCCUCCGGCUUCUCACCGCAAUGCCCGGGCUUCACGCGACGGGCCACUCCUUCCCAGAAUUCCUCCAGAAAAAGCUCCCAACCGUCAUCUUCCGAACGGUUGCCGACCCCCUCGCAGCCCUCUUCAACUGCCGGUACGAACACCUGCGCCAGAGCCGGUACGCGAGGUGGUUAAUGGAUCAGCUGAUCGGGGAGCUGGCACGCAUUGUAUCCCUCCUACCCGAGUGCAGGGAGUCGCCCAGAUUCCGCCAGAUCGAUACUGUCGCUUGGCUACGGAAAGAGAUGGACCGCAGGCUGAUGCUGAAGAGAUCCGCGGAUAGCAAGAUGCGAGCGCAAUUUGCUUGGGGUUGGGCCACGGACAUUGAAUUCUUGUCCGGCUAUUUCAUCAACCGGGGCAGGGAGCUCCACGCCGACGUCUCAACGCUAGAGUCGGUCAUGGCCGCGGCCAAAGCGAAACAAGCACUCCUUGCCCAGGAGUUGGCUGGGGACAUACCGUUUGAGGAAGGGGCCUCGACGGAUGUUGCGCAGUACCAACAGUGA